AGAGUGAUUAUUUGUGUCAGUAUUCUUGUGUUUAUAUUUAUAAUAUAAUUUUUCAAAUCGAAUCAAGGUCUAUGAAUCGAACAUGGAUAUUGUUGAAUUAGUUAAUAAUUUACGUGGUAAUUUUCAUUUGUUAAAUACUGAAGAAUGGAUAACAAAAUUAAUCGAUACAUUCAGUCUGCGACAGAGUAUUUUUGUAUUACUAUUUGCAAUAAUUGCAGCAACGAUUACCGCUGUACUAAUAUGGCAUCGGAAAUGGAAAUUAAGAGAAGAAAGAGAACCAGCAACAUCAAGUGUACCUCGUCCACGAUUUCGCAAACGUGAUAAAGUAUUAUUUUAUGGACGAAAAAUGUUACGUAAAGUACGUUCAAUAUCGGGUGAAGUACCUGGUACACAAGGACGUAAACGGCGUAUAGUUAUGAAAUUUGCUCGUAAAUUGUUGCAAUUGAAAAAAGAUAGUACACCAGUUCAAUUGAAAGUAUUGGAACCACCUGCUGAAUUUUUAGAAGAAGAUUUAACAAAUGACGAACGUGUACCGCCUGAUGCAUUGUACAUGUUACAGAGUAUACGUGUAUUUGGACAUUUUGAGAAACCAGUUUUUUUGAAAUUAUGUAAACAUACGGAAAUUUUAAAUUUACCAGCUGGAUCGUAUUUAUUUAAGAUAGGUGAUGCAGACGAGAAUGUAUAUGUUAUUCAAAAUGGAAAAGUAAACGUAUUUAUCACAGGACCUGAUGGUAGUUCAAUUUGUUUAAAAGUUGUUAAAACUGGUGAAUCAGUUACAUCAUUACUUAGUUUUACUGAUGUCCUUACUGGGCAUCCAAAUCCUUACAAAACAGUAUCGGCUCGUGCAGUUGUUGAUUCAACUGUUGUCAGAUUACCAAUGCAAGCAUUUCAAGAUGUUUUUGAAGAGUAUCCAGAUAUUUUUAUACGUGUAAUGCAAGUAAUUAUGGUUCGAUUACAACGAGUUACAUUUACUACUUUACAUCAGUAUCUUGGAUUGAGCGCUGAAUUAGUUAACCCUGGUACUCAUCGUCGUAAAAUGUCACCUGUUAUAACAAAAAAUCGUGAUUUUGAUAAUAAUCAAGACAAUCAACAAUUUGAACAAAAUAGUGAACAUUUUCUACAUACACAUCCUGUGAAUAUACCACCAAAUGGUAGUGGUGGACAUCGUCGAACUCAAUCAAAUGUUGAUACAUAUUAUUCAACAUCAUCAUCUGCAGGCACACAUCAAGGUACACCAGAUAUGGUACCAGAAUUUGAACAACGUUCUUCGUUUAGUGGGACAAUACCUGAUAUACAUCCAGGACAUACACGGAAACGUAUGUCUGAACAAAUGGAUGAAGAAACAUUAGUUGAAAUUGCUACGGAAGCAUUUAUACGUGAAUUGCGUUUAGAUGAUCCGAGUAUUAUUCGUGGUAAAGUUGAAAUUCGAGAAGUAGCUGCUGGUACACAAUUAAUGAAAGAAGAAUCUAAUAAAGAUAUAGCACUUAUUUAUUUAAUAUCUGGUUCAUUAAUUGUAUCACAAAGAACAACUGAUGGUGAUGAAGUUCAUAUGUAUUCGUCAUACCCUGGUGAAAUUGUUGGUGGAUUAGCUGUACUUACUGGUGAACCAUCAUUUUUUACUAUUAAAGCAAAAAGUUUUUCACGCAUUGCACUUCUUUCCAAAAAUACAUUUUAUGGCCUAAUGAGAGAGCAGCCAAAAAUUGUUUUACACAUAGCACAUACAGUCGUCAAACGUUUAUCACCAUUUGUACGUCAAGUUGAUUUUGCUUUAGAUUGGGUUUUCUUAGAAUCAGGUCGUGCUGUUUAUCGGCAAGAUGAUGAAAGUGAUUCAACAUUUAUUGUUUUAUCGGGUCGUUUACGAUCCGUUAUUACACACAGUAAUGGUAAAAAGGAAUUGGUUGGUGAAUAUGGUAAAGGUGAUUUAAUUGGAAUUGUGGAAAUGGUUACACAAACUAAAAGAAGUACUACUGUAAUGGCUGUGCGUGAUUCAGAAUUAGCAAAAUUACCAGAAGGCCUCUUUAAUGCCAUAAAGUUACGCUUUCCUAUUGUAGUAACAAGACUGAUUAAUUUAUUAGGACAUAGAAUUUUAGGGUCAUGGCAAAAGCCAAGUAUUACAACAAUGCGUCGUAGUAGUGCGGCAGUUGAUAGUCGACCAAUGCAGUUAAAUUUUUCCACAGUUGCGAUUGUUGCGAUUUCGGAUGAUGUUCCUUUAACUGCGUUUACCUAUGAAUUAUACCAUUCUUUAUGUUCAAUAGGUCCGACAUUACGCUUAACAUCAGACGUAAUUAAAAAAGUGCUUGGUUCAAGUAUAUUAGAUCCAAAUAAUGAAUAUCGUUUGACGUCGUGGUUAGCACAACAAGAAGAUCAACAUAAAAUAUCGUUGUAUCAAUGUGAUUUAACAUUUUCUGCAUGGACACAACGAUGUAUACGACAAGCUGAUUGUAUUUUAAUUGUAGGACUUGGAGAUAAAACUCCCAUUUUAGGAAAAAUUGAAAAGGAAGUCGAAAGAUUAUCAAUACGUACACAAAAAGAAUUAGUAUUAUUGCAUAAAGAAACUGGUGAAAAACCAUCAAACACUGUUGCAUGGUUAAAUAUGCGCUCAUGGGUAUCAUCACAUCAUCAUAUUCAAUGUCCGAAACGUAUGUUCACUCGUCGAUCACAAUGUAGAAUUAAUGAAUUAUAUAGCAAAGUAUUAAUGUCAGAGCCGAAUAUACAUUCAGACUUUUCUCGUCUUGCGCGAUGGUUAACUGGAACAUCAGUUGGUUUAGUAUUAGGUGGUGGUGGAGCCCGGGGUGCAGCUCAUGUUGGAAUGAUUAAAGCUAUACAGGAAGCAGGAAUUCCGAUUGAUAUGGUAGCUGGGGUUAGUAUUGGUGCAUUUAUGGGUGCACUAUGGUGUUCAGAAAAGAAUAUCACCACAAUGACACAAAAAGCACGUGAAUGGUCAAAGAAAAUGACACAAUGGUGGCGACAAAUAUUAGAUUUAACGUAUCCAAUGACGUCAAUGUUUAGUGGACGUGAUUUUAAUCAAACGAUACGUGGAACAUUUGGUGAUACACAUAUAGAAGAUUUAUGGUUACCAUUUUUUACAGUUACCACUGAUAUUACAGCAAGUUGUAUGCGAAUUCAUACACAUGGCGAAAUGUGGCGAUAUAUACGAGCCAGUAUGUCAAUAGUAGGAAUAUUUCCCCCUGUGUGUGAUCCAAUUGAUGGACAUCUUCUUGUAGACGGGUGUUAUACAAAUAAUGUGCCAGCUGAUGUAAUGAGAAGUUACGGUGCUUGUCAUAUAUUAGCAAUAGAUGUCGGCUCUGUUGAUGAUACAGAUCUAACAAACUACGGUGAUGAUUUAUCUGGUUGGUGGUUAUUAUGGAAACGAUGGAAUCCGUUCACUAGUAAUGUUAAAGUUCCAAAUUUACCAGAUAUUCAAUCUCGACUAGCGUAUGUCAGUUGUGUUAGACAAUUAGAAGAAGUGAAGCAGUCAGAUUAUUGCGAUUAUAUUCGGCCACCUAUAGACAAAUAUAGAACCCUUCAGUUUGGUAGCUUUGAUGAAAUAAAAGAUGUUGGCUAUCAACAUGGUAAAACAUAUUUCGAUGGGCAAUUACGUGCUGGGGCCUUGCCAUUGUUUAAAGCAAAUCAAGCUAGUCAGGCAACGACAUCGCAACAACAUUUAAGUGGAUACACAUUCACAGAUUUAGCACAAAUGGUUUGCAAAGUACCUCGUAACAGUUAUGUAGAUCAAAUAUCUUCAUCUGAAGAAGAAGACGAAUUAGAAGAACAACAGGAAGUUGGAUACGCGUCUGAACCAUCAGCGGGAAUUUUAGAUGAGGAAGAUAAAUUACGAAAAAAGCAAAUAUUAUUAGAAUCUCGAUCUGUUAGCAUUGACUUUUCUGAUGAAGCACUACACGAAUUAUUGCGUGAAAUUCAGAAACUAUCUGGUGUGCGUUUGCAUUCCAGUGGUAAUGGCCAGUCUGCGUCUGAUCCCACUACAAAAACUGGUAAAAUACGACGAAGAGCUGGUUCAUUAUCAUUGUCGGAGAAUGAACUGGAGUCAGAUAAUGAAUUUGUACAAUAAAUUCUUUAAUGACUGAU